GAUGACUAAUGUAGUCUGUUGAGUAGGAGGGCAAGGUAGCAAUAUCAGAACAAAAAACAAGCUGAUACGUAACCAGAAGCAACUGCAAGGGCCCAAGCCCAAACUGAACACCUGUCAAUAGAUUUAAGCAAGGUUUAGACUAUUUUUUGAAUGUCCUGAAAGGACUGUUUUAUCUGUUUUUUGUCGGUGGUGUUUGCGCCGCCAGCAUGUGCAACAGUAAAAUAAAGUUUAUGUUCUAUAUUCUAAUGAACUGUGUAUUCAAAUUUAGAAAAGGUGUCAAUUGCUAAGGAUCAAGUUCUGCAUGUCAGUUACAUCAACAAUUUCUCCUUAACUGUGCCUAACUAUGACUAACUUUCAAUAUAUAAAUGAAAAACAUUCUUUCUAAUAAUGCAACCAUGUGAGAAUCCACUCAUCUUAAUCAAACCUAUGUUUUAAACAGUUGGACCCUGAGGUAUGGCUUUAGUUACUUCUGGGAUAAAUUCUUAAAAUAAUCAUGGCAAAGUGUUCAUGUAUAGAGUUUAAGUAUAGCUUGAUACGUUCUUAUGAUAACAAUGCAAGGAUAACUGAAUAUAUAGGUGGAUGUGUGUUCCAGUUUGGCUGUUUUUACCUAAACUUCUAAGAACUGAUUGGUAUGGAAUAAACUCAUAGUGAACCCCAACUUCCAGUCACUUCAGAGCAAACCUUUAAAAAAUGAAGUGUGUCUGUGGCUGGUUGUUUCAGAACUCUGUAUUUCAAAGGUGGCCAUUCUUAGUGGAGCAUUAUUUCUAACUGAUCGUUUUGUUGAGGUUGUCAAUGUAGAAACCACUCGCAGCAGAUGACAAUAGAAUACAUCAUGAAUAGGAGGAAUUUUUAAUACUGAAAAUCACCUAUUAGAUUAGCAGACAAUCAAUAUUUGUAAAGGAAGAAAGGUGAUGCUUGGUAAAAGCUUUCCUUUUCCCCUUCCACGGAUGAAUACAGAUUGAAAGGACGUUUCAGCAUGAAUUGUCAUACAUCACUAUGUCUUGUGCUGACAAUGGUUCAGCUAUGGCCUUGCUUUCUAAGUAUGCAAAGACAUAGCAUCCAGAAUACAGACCAACCUUUUUCAGCAGCCCGGAGAGUGAAACGUGGUUGGGUGUGGAAUGUGUUUUUUGUGGAGGAGGAAAUGAACUUAACAGAGCCUGUCUAUGUUGGUCAGCUAAAGUCUGAUUUAGACAAAGAGGAUAGCACCUUUAAAUACAUUUUGACUGGCGAGGGAGCUGGAAACAUUUUUACCAUCAAUGAGACAACAGGUGUCCUUCACGUGAUACAGAAACUUGAUAGAGAAAAGAAAGCUCUAUACACUCUAAGAGCGCAGGCAAUUAACAGGAAUACUCAGCUGCCCAUGGAACCUGAAUCCGAAUUUGUCAUCAAAGUUAAGGAUGUCAAUGAUCAAAAGCCACAGUUUUUGGAUGGACCUUAUGAGGCCACUGUUCCUGAGAUGUCUCCUGAAGGUACUUCCGUUAUACAGGUAACAGCCACAGAUGGAGAUGAUCCUUACUAUGGAUACAAUGCACGUCUGCUUUAUAGUAUAAUUCAAGGGCAGCCCUAUUUCUCUGUGGAGCCAAAAACAGGAGUCAUUAGAAUUUCUUCUGAAACAGAUAGAGAAACUCAGGAGAAGUACUUUGUCAUCAUCCAAGCCAAAGAUCUGAUUGGGCAAAUGGGUGGAUUUUCAGAAACAGCAACUGUAACUAUCAACCUCUCUGACAUCAAUGACAAUGCCCCUAAAUUUCAACAUACACUGUACCAUAUGACUGUUUCUGAAGCUGCACCAGUGGGCACUACCAUAGGCAAAAUCAUGGCAGAUGACAGUGACAUAGGGGAAAAUGCAGCCAUGAAUUAUGUCAUUGAAGGAGAGGCCUCCUAUGUUUUUGACAUCAUUACAGAUAAUGAAACCCAAGAAGGAGUUGUUAUAUUAAAAAAGAAAGUGGAUUAUGAAACCAAAAGAAAAUACAGCAUUAAAGCAAAAGUUAUCAACAGGCACAUUGAUGAGCGUUUUCUGAAUGAGGGACCAUUUGAAGACUCAACCCUUGUCAGGAUCACUGUGGAAGAUGCUGAUGAACCUCCAGUUUUCACCUCACAGGAAUAUGUGAUGGAGAUAGCUGAAGGGUCUGAGAGUGGCUCUUUUGUAGGGGCUGUAAAUGCUAGCGAUCCAGACAAUACCAACAGUCCCAUCAGGUAUGCUAUUGUCCAUGGCAUGUCUUUAAAGAGAUUGUUCAGCAUCAAUGCACAAAAUGGAACAAUCAUUAUAACUAAGCCUCUGGACCGAGAGAUAACUGCUUGGCACAACAUAACUGUUACAGCCACAGAAGCAAGAAACCCAGAACAAAUUUCUGAGGCCCCUGUAUAUAUUCAUGUUCUUGAUGUUAAUGAUCAUGCUCCAGAAUUCCCUGAAUAUUAUGAGACCUAUGUGUGUGAAAAUGCAGAACCUGGCCAGCUAAUUCAGACCAUCAGUGCAGUGGAUAAAGAUGAUUCAGUGGAAGGCCAUCACUUUUACUUCUCUCUCCAAGAGGAGGUCACAAACAACUCGGGUUUUUCUGUCAGAGAUAAUCAAGAUAACACAGCUGGAAUUCUUACAGUUCAAAAUGGCUUCAGUAAACAAGAACAGCUUGCUUUCUACUUGCCUAUCUUAAUUGCGGACAAUGGAGCCCCAUCACUUACCAGCACAAAUACUCUAACUGUCACUGUCUGUGACUGUGAUAAUGAAGCUAAUGCCCUGUUCUGUCAAUAUGGAGCUUUCAUGUAUGCCAUGGGUCUCAGCACAGAAGCCUUAGUUGCUGUUUUGGCAUGUAUAUUAAUACUACUAGUGUUUGUUUUGGCAAUUGUGGCCCUAAGGCAGCAGAGAAAGAAGUCGCUAUUUUCUGAGAAGGCAGAAGAGUUCAGAGAGAAUAUUGUCAGGUAUGAUGAUGAAGGAGGUGGCGAGGAGGACACAGAGGCUUUUGAUAUUGCAGCAUUGAGGACCCGUACUGUCAUGAGAGAGCACAAGCCUCGAAGAAACAUCACAACAGAAAUCCAGAGCCUUUACAGACAGUCUCUGCAAGUUGGACCUGACAGUGCUGUGUUCCGGGAAUUCAUUUCAGAAAAGCUUAAGGAAGCCAAUGCAGAUCCUAAUGCUCCUCCAUAUGAUUCCCUUCAGACGUAUGCAUUUGAGGGGACUGGUUCUUUGGCUGGAUCCCUUAGCAGUUUAGGAUCACAUGUGUCAGACAUGGGUGAGAGUUAUGAUCACCUUAGUGAAUGGGGGCCACGUUUUAAACGACUUGCCAAGCUAUAUGGCCCCCACAAAACUGCAAGGGAUUAGUAACUGCUAGUGGCCACGUUUUUUUAAGAGCUCAUCAACCAAAAUCGAGUUUGGAUUUUCAGAGGAGAUCAACACAUUUAAGCACCCACUUACAAUGCCCAGAUUUAUUAAAAGAUAGAACAAUGUUGGAUGGUUGAGAUCUUUUAUAUCGUAAUAUAAAGCGUCAUAAUAAGAAGCGAUGAAUCUAGCCCCACGUUAGGUGCUUACAUUGCCAGCUAUGCUCUUUAAAAAUCCAGUCCCAAUUAUGGCUGCUGAAAAUUUGGCUUCAAAAACAGAUGAAAGAAAAGCCAUAAGAUUUUUGUAAAUAAUCUUCUUGGUUUAAGCUUUAAACUAUUUCCAAAGUUAAAGCAGACUUUUUUUUGUUGGUUUAUAUUAAUUAACCAAAGGUAAAUCGUACAUAUUUGCAUUGUUUUAUAAAUACCAUUAUGCAAAAAGAUAGAGAAUAGACAUUUUAAAAUGCUUGUCUGCCACAAAAACUUACAGAAUCUUCUAUUUAUUUAUUUUUAGUGUAAUAACACUACUACAAAUGUACUAUUUAGCACUGUAAAAAAUAAAGAUCUGUUAUAGUCAACAUUUAGUUACUAUUACAUUUGCACUUUUAUUAAACCAUUGGGAAGUGUAUAGGACUCAUAAUUUCCCAGGUGAUGUAUGAAGAAAUUAUAAAGGGCAAAAAGGAUUAGAUUCUACUUUGAAGCAAUAUUCAACUUAAAAACUGUUAUCAGCUAUGUUACAUAUUACUGUACAUAGAACCAAAUACAACCCAUGUCUGGGCAUCUUCUCUUUUUUUAAGAGCUUAAAUGAUGACUGAUUUCUCUGCACAGAUUUAUUUAUUUUUAUUAUGGAAUAUAAAAUUAGCUGCAGUACUCAUUUUUAUUGUAACAGUAUUAAAGAUCUUUAAAAUGCUAAGCUGGUGGACAUAAAACUUUAUGCAUAACAUUAGAUAAUAAGAUAGUAAAACACUUUAAUGUUAAUCCAGCUCUUCAGUAAAUGAUCCCACAUCAUUCUGCAGGAAUUGAGUCAGACUUCAAAAUUAAUUUCUCACUAUAUUUUUUAACAUAGUGUGUAGCUAGUAGUAAAUUCACGUAGACCUAUUCUCUUUCACUUAGCUAUGUGGUUGAUCAGCAGAAAUGCAGCAUCUAAGAACCAUCAAGUACAUUCAAAUUGCUUGCUUAAAAAAUGGGGGCCUGCCUGUUACUUAUUCACCCUUUUUCCGUUAGGUGCUUAUUUUACAGCAUCUGCAUCAUGUAAUGAACUGAAACAUUUCAACAGCUGAAAGCUGGCAUCAGGAUAAAGAACAUAGUGCAAUUAACUAUUUUUAAGUUCACAGGUAAGCUUCACUAAAUUAUAACAAGUUAGGCAAAGCUUAUACAAAAGAUGAAGAGGCAUGAAGUCAUAGCAAGCAUUGCAGAGCAUGUACAAUUACUUGUUUAUUAAAGAAAAAAGCAAGGGCUGAGGCUAAAUAGAAAGGUGCCAAUACCAGAGAUGCUGUAAAUACCUGACAGCUAAAUAUAAAACAAAUGAAGGAGCUUGAGAAGACAAUUCCAAAGGGAAGUGUGUCCAGGGAAGAGAGAUUAUAUACUCAUGACAUCCAUUCUUGGAACUAUAUCAGUGCGCAUGUGACUAACAGCAGAUGAGACAGCACAUGUGUAAUAGGGAAAAGCUGGCUGUUGCAGGUUGGAGGCUGAGUUCCUCCUAUGGGUGAAUGCCUAUGGAGCAACUUUAAAAGAUGCACAACAGUGAUGGUUUGCAGUAAUGUCUCUAAUGUUUGAAUUCAUUGGCACUCCAGCAGAUGGGACAAAAUUAUUUCUAGUUGAGAUAAUACUGAGCAUAGUAUACAAUUAGCUCCUUGGAAAGGAAUAGAACAGAAGAGCACAAGUGAGCACACAUGUGCUUGCUUGGGUGCAGAGGGAAGCAGAUAGUUUAAGACCAGAUUCUGAAACCCUGGGUUAAUACCUCAUUCCAAAAAAUGGUCCCCUUGACUUAAUAGACUUUACCUUGAAUUCAGAUUGUAUUCACUACAAAGGAGGAUAUUAGCCUCUCAGCUUUAACAUGGUCCAUAGGAAAGGAAUCCUAUUUUGUUUAGUAGGUAAAUAUAAGAAUCCAUUCUUUGCCUCAUAUUACAGUUGAAUCUGCUUACAGUGAUGUUCCUAUAUUUCAUUUAAUUCUGUUCAUACAAUAAUUAUUCUACAAUAAUGAAGAACAUCUUACAUUCAAAACCUUGUCUAACUCUAUUCCAGCUAUGCAGUUGGUCCAAUAAAAUAUACCACCAUAAGAAAUCCUUGCCUCGAUCUUUGUUUAAUUAAUAUAUCAGUGUGCUAUUUCUCCUACUACCUGCUAUACAGGAACAACUACUAGAUAAAGACAUUUCCCCUUUAGUGCAAGUAAUAGUAUUAAUGCAACUGAGAUUAAAUCCCAAAUUAAGCCGGGAUCAUUGCAUGGUGCGAGUUUCACCAGGUUUCUGAUCAUCAAUGGCAAAUUAAUGGCCUGAUGCAAUAUAGUAUAGCCAAGCUAAGCAUAGUCUGUUAAACAAUGACCAAAGAGUGAUAUUACAGAAGUCUGCACUUUUAAAGUGUAAAUACCAAGGAGAGACAGGAGUUUAACAGAUGAAAGAGCUAUAACAAGGAUUAAUGGGAUAGAAUUAAUAAAGGAAAAUUUAGGUUGAAUGUCAGCAAUGAUUUCAUGAUGGUGAGAUCUAUUAAACUAUAGAAUAGCCCUCUCAAGGGAAGCCACUAUUACAUGGGGUGUUUAAAAUUAUAUUGGACAAUUCACUUGAAGAAGCACUGUAGUGAACAAUCCUACAAUGACGGGGGGGGUCUCAAUCUGGGGUUCAUGACUCCAUGGGGAUGCUACAUGAAAGAGAUCAGUUGAAAGUACACUCCUUCCUUUUUAUUGAUUUUGAGGGGCAGAAGGUCUUUUGCCAUCUCUAUUUUUUGAUAUUCUAGGGAGAUAAUAAAUACAUUUACAUUUAGACCCUAAGGAAAUGAAGACUGUUCAUUACUCCACUGUAAAUUUUGUAUAAUACCACAGGCUGAAGUAGAAACUAUAACCACA